UUCAUUCGAUAAAACAGAUCUUAACCUUUUUGUGCGUUUCUUCAAAUGUUAGCUAGUAGCCUUUGCGGAGAAGUUUUGAAUAUUCAGAAUCAGAACGGGGCAAGCAGCCAUCCCCCAUGCGCGCCUGUUACCUAUUCGGCCAAUUGUCUGUUAGAAACAAACGCAAAAGAGAGAAGACAAUUCAAGGUUCUGAUUAAAAAGCCGGAAAAAACACAAACAAAUGCGUGGUUUCAAAUUGUUCAUACGUCAUUACAGCUCAUCACAAUUAUAUUCAUAUGAUUCGAAUCCUCUCCGUCUAUCUCUCUCUCUCUCUGCUUUUUAGAUAAAAAUUGGUUGGGCCGGAAAUACUUUUUGGGAUCUGUUUUUUCUUGGCUUUGUCUGUUUCAGUCAUUUAAUGCAGUCAGACUAAGGUUUUAAUGCUCUGUAACCUGUAGGCGAUUCUCCGGAAGGAAACCCAGGAUUGUUUUGUGAUCUGUGCCCAAUUUCUUUAUGUAUGCUAUUCUUCCAGUGACUCUGAGUGCUUCAUUGGUCGGACCGUGUCUUUCUUUCCGUCAAUCUCUCUGCUGUCUUGUUCUGCCCACUUCCUAUGAUUUAGAAAUCAAAAGCCAGCUUCCUUGAAAUCCCGGAAACGAUUUCGGGAUUUGCGCGUCUGGAUUUUGUUCAAUUUCGUUAGAUUUUGACUUUGUUUUAUUCAUGGGUCAUUGUUUAUUCUCUGUUAUUUGCAUCUUGUUCCUUCUUGUGGGAACUUGUUUUUCUUCUCCUAUUAGAGAUCAGCUGAGAGAUAGGAUCACCGAGUUGCCAGGACAGCCAGGGAAUGUGGGGUUUGCUCAGUUUUCAGGUUACGUGACUGUGAAUGAUCAAGCUGGAAGAGCAUUGUUUUACUGGUUGGUUGAGUCAUCGUCAAGUCGUGGAGCUAAGUCAAGGCCACUUGUGCUGUGGCUCAACGGUGGUCCUGGUUGCUCUUCAGUUGCUUAUGGAGCAGCUGAGGAGAUCGGACCUUUUCGUAUUAGGCCCGACGGGAAGACUCUUUACUCGAAUCCUUAUGCUUGGAACAAUUUGGCGAAUUUUCUGUUCCUCGAAUCUCCUGCUGGUGUUGGUUUUUCGUAUUCGAACACAACUUCAGACUUGUACACAGCGGGUGAUCAGAGAACAGCCGAAGAUGCAUAUACAUUUCUUAUCCAUUGGUUCGAAAGGUUUCCACAGUACAAGCACAGGGAUUUCUACAUUGCUGGAGAAAGUUACGCAGGCCAUUACGUUCCUCAGCUGUCUCAAAUUGUUUACCAAAGAAACAAAGGAAUCCAGAACCCAAUUAUUAAUUUCAAGGGGUUUUUGGUGGGAAAUGCUGUUACUGACGAUUACCAUGAUUACAUUGGCACGUUUGAAUACUGGUGGACCCAUGGCUUGAUUUCUGAUUCCACCUAUCGCAUGUUACGAGUCGCCUGCGACUUCGGAUCAUCUCAACAUCCCUCACUGGAAUGCAUGAAGGCUCUUAAAGUUGCAGAGGUGGAGCAGGGAAACAUUGAUCCAUAUAGCAUUUUCACUCGGCCUUGCAAUAAUACUGGAUCAUUGAGGCGCAACUUAAGGGGUCAUUAUCCAUGGAUGUCCCGAGCAUAUGAUCCCUGCACCGAGAGGUACUCUGAAAUGUACUUCAAUCUCCCAGAAGUUCAGAAGGCUCUCCAUGCCAAUACAACUAUGAUUUCUUAUCAAUGGAAAACAUGCAGUGACAUUGUUGGUAACUACUGGGCAGAUUCCCCACUCUCUAUGCUUCCUCUUUAUUCUGAACUCAUUGCUGCUGGCCUCAGGAUAUGGGUAUACAGUGGAGACACUGACGCAGUGGUUCCUGUGACUGCAACUCGAUAUUCCAUUGAUGCCCUGAAGCUGCAAACUAUUACCAACUGGUACCCAUGGUAUGACAAUGGAAAGGUUGGUGGGUGGAGCCAAGUAUACAAAGGACUGACAUUUGUGACAGUGACCGGAGCAGGACAUGAGGUUCCACUCCAUCGACCUCGUCAAGCUUUCAUUCUUUUCAGAUCAUUUUUGGAGAACAAGCCCAUGCCACGCUAAAGCCAUUUCAAUCCUAUUCUUGACAAAUAAGCACAAAGUAUUAUUACCGUUUAUAUGCACAGGGGGCUAGGUAAAGAUAAAAUAAAAGAAGCAUUCCACUCGAGUGCCCCUCCAUUCUUGCCCCCAAGUGAUGCCAUUUCAUUAUUUUAAGUUUGCAACCAUUGUUUUACUGGAUUUCUGUCUAUGAAAAGAAAAAAAAAAAAAAAUCAUUGAA